UUCGCUUACUCUUCUUCUCAGGAUAACUAAUCCUCAAGCUUUCUCCUCUCUUAUCCCCUCUGUUUUCCGUUUCCCAAUUUCAUAGUUCUCUUUCUCUCUGAUCCUUCCCAGAUGUCAUCUACUAAACUUCAACUUCGAUACUUAUGAUCCUUAAUUUUAGAAUAUUGUUUUAUUUCUUUCAGCACGAGCUGGUUGAGUUUUGAAUCUUAGGAUAAACCCUCCAUGAGGGUAGCACCCUGUUUAAGGUCUCUCUCUGUAUCCUGCGUUUCCCCUGCAACUAUGGAACGAGGAAGAGCAUGUGUGUGUAUUGAAAUGUGAAUUUGAUUGGUUAUAUAUACAGAGAAGGUAUAGAGGGAAAAGCAAUUAAAACCCAGAAAUGGAAUCAUUAGACAAGCACAGAAGAGAGUUUUCCGGCGGCGACGAGGCGUCGCCAAGAGGAAUUCUGGAAAUCCCUGUUUCGGGGACAGAGUCAGAUCACAGCGGAAGCAGCAACUGCAGCUUAAGCUCGCCGGAGAAGUCAUCGGAGGCGGAGAGAGGGAGGGUGAGGGAAGGGGUGGGACAUGGACAGCCAUGGAAGGCGAUAAUAGAGUCAUUGAAGAAGAAGUCGGUGCAGAGAAUAUCGGCGAUUUCAUUACUGGCGGCGAGCUACGAGAUGUCAAGGAAGAGCUUGAGGAAGAGAAGGAUGGAACGUAUUCGAAGCGCAGAAGAAAGAAUUAACGUGGGAGAGAUCCCUACGAAAACUUCAUGGAGGAACUUCGAUUAUGCAGGGCUCCAAGCUGCAACAGACGAUUUCAAUCCUGAGAACCUGAUUGGGCAAGGUGGGCAUGCUGAAGUCUACAAAGGACGCUUACCUGACGGUCAACUUGUGGCAGUGAAGAGGCUCAUGAAGAAAGAGAAGCAAAAUGAGGACAGAGCGGGUGAUUACUUAUCAGAGUUGGGAAUUAUUGCCCACAUAAACCACCCAAAUGCUGUGCGCUUGAUUGGGUUCGGGGUCAACAAUGGUUUCUACUUUGUCUUGCAAUUAGCCUCAAAUGGAAGCCUUUCUUCUCUGCUCUUUGGUUCUGAAUGCUUGGAGUGGAAGAUAAGGUUUAAGGUUGCUAUUGGUGUGGCACAGGGCUUGCGAUACCUGCAUCAUGAUUGUCAAAGACGAAUCAUACACAGAGACAUCAAGGCCUCCAACAUAUUACUAAACGAAAAUUACGAAGCUGAGAUUUCAGACUUUGGACUCGCGAAAUGGCUCCCAGAGAAGUGGACUCACCAUGUCGUCUUCCCCAUAGAAGGCACAUUUGGGUAUUUGGCUCCAGAGUAUUUUAUGCAUGGAAUUGUGGAUGAGAAGACUGAUGUAUUCGCCUUUGGAGUUUUGCUGCUGGAGCUCAUUACAGGUCGUCGUGCAGUUGAUUCAUGCAGCAAGCAAAGUCUUGUCCUCUGGGCAAAACCACGACUAGAAGCACACAAUGUGAAGGAAUUAGUAGACCCUCGAUUAGGAGAAGCUUAUGAUUCCAUUGAAUUGAAGCGGACCAUGGUUACUGCUUCCAUGUGUCUCCACCACUCAUCCCCACACCGUCCGUACAUGAAACAGGUUGUGCAGCUGCUGAAGGGCGAAGAGGGACUUGCUGAUAUGAAGCAGAAAUCAGUAUCAACAAGAUCUCUCUUGCUAGAUGCCAGUGACCUAGAAGAAUAUACUUGCUCAACUUACUUGAACGAUCUUAAUCGUUACAGGCAACUAGCGAUGGAGUCAGCCAAUGUCACUAGCCUCAGUCUCAGUUGAAGCUUUCAAGUUUUCUGAAGGAGCUUGAAAUUUGGCAUGAACUUGUAACGAGCAGUAACAAAGAAGCAUGGUUCAAUCCACACGAAGCACCGAGUGGCCUGAGAAAGGGGGGGAGCUCACUGUACAUUUACAAUUUUCAUUAUGACCCAGAGAGUGUUUGUAACUCCGGUACUCUGCAGCCCACAGUGCUAAUUUCAACAUAGUCCAUCCCAUCUUAAUUUCUAUCCAUCAAA